AUGUCCCUCAGACUCGUUCCCGCAAAUGGCCCAAAGUCUGCCUCUGUCCAGGACACAGCUGGUACUCUAGGCCUCCACGACACCCUCAAACAUGGCCCCAGGUCAAUUGCUGCUGAAAUAAAGGACCAUGGUGGCCUUAGGCAACGAUUGGAGAAUUGGGAGGAAACCCAGGACAAUCUCAAGCUUACCAUGCAGCGAAACGUCUACGGUGUCGCUGCGCCUAUGCGGUUACUCAUGGAGCGCAAAUUGGUGAACACUCACCCCAGCCCUUUCUCCACCUCAAACAUUCAUUUGGACAUUCUCAUGGGUCGUGACGAGAUCAUUGAACCAGCAGACAUCUUCCAGGGACCAGAAUCCAAUCUCCCUCUCGAUCUACACAAAGAAUUCGAGAAACGCUACAAGCAUUAACUAUGUACUAUAUCCAGCAACCUGUAGAUCAUUAAGUGUCCCAAGGAUCCUCUCUCAGCUGCAACCCUUCGCUCUUCAAAA